GCAUUCUAUUCUCUUCUUGCUCUGCCACUUCCUUUCCUUGCAAUAUGUUGAAACGACGUCGUUUAAUUUGAAUGAAGUGCCCUUAACUCUCGCAACGCGCGGCGAGUUCGAACUCCACGACUGGGCCUUCUUCACUUCUCCUUUGGCCUUUGCUUUACUCCGCUGCAUCUCUUGGUUUUCCGAGCGGCGGCGGAUGCUUUAAAGUGCAAUCUCACUUCGGAAUUCACUGAUUACCCUUCGCUCUGCUUCACUAAAACUUCAAUCGGAACUUAUUCUCUUCGGAUUAUCCUUACCCUCCUUUACUUUUCGGUUUCUCCCCAUUUUUCUUUACAUCAUUUGUUGUGUUACUCUAAAAUUACUCAUGUGGUGUUGACUUUAUGAGAAGGUGUUGUCUUGGGAAUAUUCUGGGUAUUAGCCAUUUUGAAACUUUUUCUGAUUUUGAACAUGCUCUCAGGGCUGAUGCAAAGUGUUCAAUUAGUGGACUUGAUUUGUUGGCUAUCAUUCUUACUGCCAGAAUUUGUCGGCAACCAAGCGGCAUUUUUGUAAUGAUAUUUUGACCCAUUUAUAAACUAAAACUAAGAGUUGAAUAACGUGCAUGAUCAUGAUUAUCAGCAAGUUCAAAUUUAUGCUAAGUCAACAUCGGUAUUGAAAAAAUUCCUGAAGUACUAUAAUUGCUUUUUGGUGGUCUUGCUUAACUUUGUCUGCCUGUAACGUUAUUUCCCCUUAUCUUUGUUUAUUCAGAGAUUUAUGAAACAAUAACAAUAAAAUGGUGCUUUCUCCCUUGGAAUGGCAAGUAUUUAUAAUUUUUACUUUUCCUUUGCUCAAAUCACAGUUAGCACCGGCAUACGUUAUUUUUAAAGACUUAGGAAUUAACGUUUCCUGGUUGUUUAAUGUUGUGUCAAGUUGUCGUGCUCCAGUAUGGAGUGGAUUAUCCAGCUUUGCCUUUUUGGUAAAAGCGUUUUGGGGAACUUGUAUUUUUUGUUUCGUUUUAGUGCAUGCUCAAUAAUCACGGUUAUUAAAGAAACAGAGGAUGAGUUAUUUGUUUCACAAUAAAAUAGCAUUCACAAUUUCUUGCAAUAUGCAAAAAAGAAUGCAUUAUAUCAAGUUGAAUAUUAUGUUAAUACUAUUCUACCUUUGCUUAGUUUUGGUGGAGCGCUUUGCAUACUCAUUGCUUUGCUUGAUUGACUUCAGAUCAUUGUUUGAGACAUUCUGGUAAUUCUGCCAUUAGCAAAGAGCUUGGGUAAGAAAACUAUGCAAGCAGGCAAGGGAAGGGAAGAUUGCUAUGGCCAUGCCUAUUCUGGUUUCUAAAGAACCUGAACUAUUUUGUCAAGAUCCAUGUGAUAGUAUCAGAAUGUUUACUCUCAUUGAAAUUCCUCUACUUCACUUCAGCGACACUUUCAUUUUCACUUUCUGAUCAGAAGCGUCCAAGGGAUUUGUUAGUUUUGAUUCAUUCUGUAUUUUUCUGGUAGCUGCAUGUCUUUAUUCAAGACAAUAACUAUCUGUGAAAUGAAUAGUGUUGCUCAAAAUUAAGUUCUUCAUUUAGUUCCGGCCAAAAAAAUAAAGUUCUCUCAGUUUUGGUAUUUGGGAAUUUCUGUUAAGUAUGAUGUUUCUGAAGACCUUCUCUAGGGUUUUGAAGAACAAGAGCUUGCUGCUCCCUUCAAACUUCGCCUUCAUAUCCAACCAUGAAAGUACUCAGAGGAUUUUUCAAACCCAUAUCAGUUCAGGUUCUAAAUAUCUUCAACAAGCUACGGAACUGCAUUGUUUGCGCUCAUUCAUCAACCCCCAUGUCACUCACCUUGUUCUCUCAAACACUUGCCUUCAACCUCAAUCACGCUUAGCCUUUUUCAACUUCUUCAAAGCAAAAUACUCCGUUGGUGCCUGUAAGCCUGACAUUCAGGACUAUGCAUGCCUCAUUUCUAGUCUCUACCAUGCUCAGAAGUUCGCAGAAAUGAAGAAUAUUUUGAAUUGUAUUGUGACUGAUGAGGAGCUUUGUCAGCCUGUUUUUGAUAUCAUUGCUUUCUUUGAUAAAAGAGAUCCCCAUUUUUUCGCAAAGCUGUGUGAUAUGUUGUUCAGGGUGUAUGCAGAUAAUAGAAUGUUUGAAGAGGCUUUUGAAAUCUAUGAUUACUUGAAAGAAAAUGGGUUGGUGAUAGAGGAGAGGUCUUGCUUUGUGCUUUUACUUGCUUUGAAAAGGUUUGGUGAGGUAGACCUAUUGGUGAGGUUCUUUAGGAAGAUGGUUGAGUCAGGUAGGGUUGAAAUCAAAGUUCAAUCUUUGACACUUGUAAUAAAUGUCUUAUGUCAUACAAGGGAAGUUGAAAGAGCCAAGGCUUUGAUGGAUGAGAUGGCAGGUAAAGGCAUUGUUGAACCAAAUGUUGUCACUUACAAUACAUUGUUGAAAGCAUACAUUGCAAGAAAAGAUCAAGAGGGUAUUAAUGCGAUAUUGAACUUGAUGGAGAAGAGGCAAGUUGUCCAUAAUUUAAUCACCUGUGAUCUUUUGAUACAGUGGUAUGCUAGUUCUGGCAGCAUUGAAGAAGCUGAAAAGCUGUUCAACAACAUGCGCGGAAGAGGGUUAGAACCAGAUGUUUAUGUGUACACUUCAUUGAUAAAUUGGAAUUGUAGAAAAGGGAAUCUUGAAAGAGCAUUUGCUUUGUUUGAUGAAUUGGCUGAGAAAGGCAUUGUUCCUAGUGCUCACACUUAUGGGGCCAUAAUUAGUGGUGUAUGCAAAGCAGGCCAAAUGGAUGCAGCAGAAAUCUUGGUGAAAGAAAUGCAAAACAAGGGGAUUGAUGUAAAUAUAGUAAUAUUUAAUACAAUAAUAGAUGGUUAUUGUAAAAGAGGAAUGAUAGACGAGGCUUUCAGGCUCAAAGUUGUCAUGGAAAGCAAAGGAUUUGAAGCAGAUGCUUUCACUUACACCAGCAUUGCUAGUGGGCUGUGUAAAUUGAAUAGGCAUGAGGAAGCUAAGAAGUUUCUGAUUGAAAUGGUUGAAAAAGGAGUGACCCCUAAUGUGGUGAGUUUCAAUAUAUUGAUUGACAUAUAUUGUAAGGAGGGGAAUAUUGAAGAAGCUGUGAGGUUGUUUAGGGAUUUGGAUAAGAAGGGAGUGGUACCUAAUAAUUUUUCAUAUAAUACCAUUAUAGAUGGUUAUAGCAAGAAAGGGAAGGUGGAGCAAGCUCAUAAGCUAAGAUUUGAAAUGACCCAAAUGGGGUUACUGCCAGAUGUCUAUACAUAUACAUCACUUAUACAUGGGGAAUGUGUUGCUGGCAGGGUAGAUGAGGCACUGAAACUUUUCAAGGAAAUGUCUUUGGUGGGUAUAAAAGGAAAUGUUGUGACCUACACAGCAAUUAUUUCUGGUUUGUCCAAGGAGGGGAGAGAGGAAGAAUCCUUUAAAUUAUAUGAUGAGAUGAUUAAGAUGGGCCUCACACCUGAUGAUAGAGUUUACACUUCACUCGUCGGCAGCCUUCAUAAGUCCGGAUCUGACGAUUCUAUGCAACAAAAGUAGAUUGGUGGGAUGCAUUUUCGGCUGGUCAUAUUUGUUGGGCCUUCCCACAGUGAUAGAGCCAUCAAUAAGGGCUGCAUUUGACAAAAAAAAAAAGGAUUUUAGUAUAAAAAGUCUUUUAAUUGUUACUUUUAUAAGCCUUACAAAAAAAAAAAA